UCUCCUUCCGUAGGGAGCCCUUUCUUGGCCGUUGCUCCGUCUCUCUCACAUUCCUCAUUUCUGGCAGCCCCCUCUGUUCCCCUGCCCAACCCCCACCCUCGCUCUGAUCCGCUCGUCCGUGUCACUCUCCGACAACCGGUGCCAUGGCGGCGCAGAGGAGGAGCGGUAUUUAUGUACUCAACGAUCUCCUCUUCGGUCGAGCGCUGCGAUUCCAACCACCUCCGGUUCAUUACCGUGGGCGUUUUCCCGCAGGACCCCGCCCGCCCCCUCUCGUGAAGGCAUGAUCGAGCACGCGUCUUCUGUUUCGGUUGGGGCAUAGGUGGCUGGAGUAAGGGAGACGCCAGCCGUGGCGGCUAAGCUUACGGACCUACGUACGGUUCAAAAUGACGUGAGAGCCGUAGCCAGUUCUGGCCACCCUCUCUAAACGCGAUCCCUUCAUUGGCAACAGAAUGGGUUACACUACCUCUCCAUGAUGGACGAGGAGGAGGAAGAGGAGUAAAGCAUAAACUUGGAAUGUCGGCAGCUAAUUCUCUUAUACUUCAAGUCAGAAAGAGACCACCACCACCACCAUUGCCGCCAUCUUCUCUUCUACACUUGGAAGCCAAGCCAAGCCAAGGUAGCUUGCAGCACAGAUCAAAUUUCUAGCCGAGGUGUAUGGAGAAGUCAUCGGGCUCGUUCAUGUUUCUGAUGCUGCUCAUGUUGAUGAUAAAGGUCAGUUUUAGUGAUGAGGAGAGUUUUACUCCUGACGAAAGUCGGCUCUGGUUUGAUGGAGAUGGAGAAAGCGAGCUGGAAAAAGGAGAACUUUCCUAUGAAAUGGAUUCAGUUCUAAUGCGAGGAAGUGAACGGGUGGCACGUAUUCCUGUGAAUGUCGAUAGCUUUGGCGCAGUUGGCGAUGGAGUAGCAGAUGACACCCAGGCGUUUCGAGAUGCUUGGGAGACAGCUUGCUCUUUGAAGAAUGCAGUAUUUCUCGUGCCUGAGCGGCGGCAUUACAAGGUUAAUGCCACUAAGUUCAGAGGGCCCUGUCAAAAAAAUCUAAUUGUACAGGUGAGUGGGACCAUAGUGGCACCAGAUGAGCCCAAGGAUUGGGAUGUCGAACACCCGAGAAUGUGGCUCUUUUUUUCAAAGCUAAAGGGGGUCAAGUUCCAAGGUGGAGGGAUAAUUGAUGGCUCUGGUAGCAAAUGGUGGGCUGCUUCAUGCAAGAUUACGACAACCAAUGCACUUACAAUCGAUUCGAGCUCUGCAAUAAGGGUAAAAGGCCUCACCGUACAGUCUGCUCAGCAGAUGCACUUCACAAUAUCUCGGUCAGAUGCUGUACGAAUAUCUGGAGUGCGCAUAUUGGCCCCAGAAGAUAGCCCCAAUACAGAUGGCAUUCAUAUCACCGAGUCAUCUAAUGUCGCUAUCCAGAAUUGCCACAUUGGAACAGGGGAUGAUUGUGUUUCAAUUGUGAACGCUAGCUCAAAUAUCAAGAUGAAGAACAUUGAGUGUGGGCCAGGGCAUGGAAUCAGCAUAGGGAGCCUAGGGAAGGACAAUUCAACAGCAAUAGUUACAGGUGUCGUCUUGGACACGGCUACACUCACUGGCACUGAAAAUGGACUAAGAAUCAAGACGUGGCAAGGGGGCUCAGGAUAUGUUAAGUCAGUGCGCUUUGAGAAUGUGAAGAUGAAUGAUGUCAAGAAUCCAAUUAUCAUAGACCAGUUCUACUGUGAUUCCCCAAAAAGUUGCAAGAACCAGACAUCAGCAGUGAAGAUAAGCCAAGUCAUCUACAGGAAUAUAAGCGGGACGUCCAGGACUUCUAAAGCUAUGAAAUUUGCUUGCAGCGACAGCGUACCAUGCAGCAACAUUGUUCUGAACAACAUUAACCUUGAGACGGAAAAUGGCACAGCAGAAACCUUCUGCAACUGUGCGAUGGGAUUCGACUAUGGGAUCGUGCAGCCUAAGGCAGAUUGCCUCAAGUCCUCCAGCUGCGGUGGAGUCGAGGAAGACAACCAGGCGCAAACUCAUGAUCCUAUCCACACAGAGCUGUGAUUUGGAUCCUUAAAAAUCCAUCACAAAACAGUGAAGAUGAAGAUUCUGCUUUAUCAUGGAGUGCUGCUAGAUUCUAAGCAGAUAUUAGCUGGUCAAGAUGUCUAUCAAAAUUGUUUGAGUAGCUAUGAUAGAACAGUUGAAAAAACAGAAAUAAACAUUAAUAUAUUUCUGUGACUUCAUAAUUAUAA